AUCCGCGCCAGCCGAGCAUCAGCUGUGUGCUCCGUGAGACGAGUGGGGAGACACUUAUCGCUCUCCCUUUCAUUUGAUCUUUACAUUUUAACAGCAGUCUUUAAUUCAGAGUUUCGCUGGAUUCAAGGCGGACACCUGGGCACCUAUUUACACCCAGCGCUAUUCAUCGUGGGAGUCAUUUUCGACGAUUUUCUGCGCGCAGUGCAGAGCGGAAUCUGCAAGUGGAGUGACUCGGGCAAGUUUUCCACAUUGUGCCUGAGGUAUGAGAGCAGUGCCGGAGGGAGGAAGAGCCCCAACUCGCUCGUUUGAAUGAACAAAGGCGCUGAAGGCGAGGAGACUGCAAUCGCCAUGGAGGAACCGACUCUACCGGGAUCAACAUCUCCCGUCCAAGCCCUGACCGUGGACCAGACCAGACCGGACCCUGAAGGGGAAAGCAGCCCCCCCACCACAGAAAACACCCCCAGGAUGGAGACCCCAACUAUGAAAGACCCCAGACUGGAGACACCUACCAAAGCAGAUGUCAUCUCCCAGUCUCCUCGGUCUCCUUCAUCACCUGCGUCAAGAUCUAAAAAAGACAUCAUGAAGUCAGAGGAGAGGCAGAAGCUUGCCAAGGAGAGAAGAGAUGAGAAGGCCAAAUAUUUGGAAGAGCUUGGCAAGUUACAAGCGUCUAAAAAGAACCAGUGGUUGGAGAAAGAAGAAAAGGCAAAGCAGCUGAGGGAUCAACAGUUGGAGGAGCGCCGUCGAAAGUUGGAGGAGCAGAGACUGAAGGCGGAGAAGCGACGUGCAGCCCUGGAGGAGCGCCAGAAACAAAAACUGGAGAAGAAUAAAGAACGCUAUGAAGCCGCCAUCAACAGGUCCGGGAAGAGGACAUGGGCAGAAAUCAGGCAGCAAAGAUGGUCCUGGGCCGGAGCGCUGAGCCAAAACUCAAGUCAGAAAGAAAGCAGAUGUUCAGUGUCCACGGUCAACCUACCCAAACACGUGGACUCACUCACUAUAAACAAGCGCCUCUCCAAGUCCUCAGCCACUCUCUGGAACUCCCCCAGCAGAAAUCGUAGCCUUGCACUAAGUCCCUGGGAGAGCAGUAUUGUGGACCGCCUCAUGACCCCCACUCUGUCUUUCCUUGCUCGAAGUCGCAGUGCAGCCAGUGUCCUGAGCAGCUCCAAAGAUGGACACUCUCUUCUGUGUCCUCGCUCGUCUUCGGCCAGUCCCAUGACCCUUUGCUCCCACCAGCCCCACCACCGCUGCUCUGAACGCUGGAGGAUCACAUCCAGCACCCCCGAUAUUCUACAGACACAGCGCAGACGCAGCUCCACUCCCAUGGAUAAAAACAGAAAAGAGAAGAAGGACAAGGAGCUGGAGAAUGAGAAGGAGAAAAGUGCUCUCAGUAAAGAAAAACUUCUGAAGAAAAGACAGUCUUUGCCCAGCAUGAGACACAGGCCAGACCCAAGUCCCAGUCCUUUAUCCAGACAGAGGCCUUCAUCUCCAGCCACAUCCAGAGGCAGACCGGCCUCCCCCAGCCCCACUUCUUCAGCAAAGGGAAGUCCAUCUACUCCCAAGAGCCGGCCAAAGAGAGCCAGGACUCCUGCAAGACUAGACCCCCGCACCUCAUCCCCUGCCCCCCUCCAGAGAGUCAGAGAGCCCAAGAGAGCUGCUACACCAGAGAGAAGAGGCUCUCCAGUUGCUCCUCCAGUAUCUUCAGCUGCUUCCACUCCUCCACGGUUAAGUACCCCAGUGUCCUCCUCACCUGAGCAGACCCAGCCUUCCCGCACAGCUACUGCCUCUCCUGCCCCGGCUGCUCCUUCUCCUACCCCCUCCACUAAACCCAUGGCGGGCACCAACAACCCAGAGGAAGCUGCUCGUAUCCUGGCUGAGAAGAGACGCCAAGCCCGCGAGCAGAGGGAGAGAGAGGAGCAGGAGCGGCGCAAGCAAGAGGAGAAAGAAAGGGCUGAGAGAGAGGAGCGUUUGGCGCGUGAAGCAGAGGAGCGUCAGCGGCGAGAGGAGGAGGCCCGAGCCAUGGCUGAGGAGCAGCGAAAGAGAGAUGAAGAACAGCGUCUACAGCAGGAGAAGGAGGCUCAGGAGAAGGCCAAAGCAGAAGAGGAGGAGAACUUACGACUCCAGAAACUAAAGGAGGAGGCUGAAGCUCGGGCCCGUGAGGAGGCGGAGAAGCAGCGUCUGGAGAGAGAGAAGCACUUCCAGAAGGAGGAGCAGGAGAGGCUGGAGAGGAAAAAGCGUCUGGAGGAGAUAAUGAAGAGGACGCGUAAGACAGACGGCGGUGACAAGUCCAAGUCACCUGCAGCUGCCCCAGUCUCUAACAAGGAUGAAGAAAGCAGCAAAGCAUCUGCAGAUUAUCAGCCAAAGACGGAAGUGAAUGUGCCCAACCACAAGGCUGAGAACGGACAGAUGUCUGAGCCUGAAAGCUCCCCAGUCAAAGCGGUGAAUGGGGUCCAGCCAACUCGACAAGAAAAUGGGCUAACUACUAAAGAAGAUUCUGCCCAUUUUGAAGAGAUUAUUCAACUGGCCAAUCAUGGAAACACAACCAAUGGAGGGCUUGAGAAAUCAGACAGCAGCAUUGUCUCCAAACCCAUCCUGGCCUUUGACAGUGAUGAGUCCUUCUUGAAAAAAGCAAGCGUCAUGAAGCCUCAGCAUGUGACAGAGGUGCUGUGACUGUGGUGUUGAAGUGUUGUCCUCUUUAGACUGGUCCGGGCUCACACAGGACGUCCUGUGAGCAGUGCCAAUCGUCAGAGACACAUUCUCUGGGAGCAGAGAGACAAGUGCAAACAAAAGGAAUCAGUGUACAGAGGCAUCACCGCAGAGUGACCGCUCAUGGACCUUUCACUCUCAUUAAAUGUACACUAAACAUUGGACUGACGUACUGUCCCUGAACAUUAUUUAAGUCAGAGAGACGACUGGGUACAUUUUGUGAAUAAAUGUAAAUGCUCUUUGUACCAGACAGAUAUGAGGGAAGUGUUAAUAGAAUCAUGUUGUAAACAAGAUUUGUUUUGUUACCAUACUUAGUAUUUUAUUUGAGCCCUGGUGUUACACACACUGGUGUGUAUAAAGCUUUAUCUCACUGAAAUCGUAAACAAAGAAAGGACAAGAAAUGAACUCUAAUGUGUAACUUACUGUGUGGAAUGUAAAUUCACUGUAUCACAUAAAACAGGCUGAUUCUUCACUCAUUUUCACUGAAUAAUGUUGGAAAUACUUCUGUGUAUAUGCUCUAAAGAUAUUUUAAUGUGUGCUUCACAGUCAUUUGGAGAAUUAAGCUCAUUAAAGACUAGCUGUCCAGUCUGCUUCA